ACAACAACAAAUACACGACAAUAAAGACUGAAGGCUAGAGCGAGAGCAAAAACAAAAACAAAUUAUUUAAUUUUCGACACUUAACCAAAAGGAAUUUCAAAUCAAGCAAACAAAAUUGAACGUAAAAUUAUAGUAAUAUACAGAUUUUCGCUCUUCUCUUCUUCUGCUCACAAUUCGACUGAUUUGGAUGCCAGCACCAAAAACAAACAACCAACAAUAACAAUAACAAAGAGAAGCCUUGUGUGAUAUAAUGUCGCGUACACUGAGUCGUUUAUUUGGACGCUGUUUAAUAAGCAAUGCACAUGCGAAGCCCCUGCAGGAUAACACGAUGCGCACCGUGCUCAGCGUUAAGCCAAUACAAAUCGCCUGCUCCUCCAUCGUCUUCUACUCAAAGCGCAACGGUCCGCCGUCCGACGCGGGCGAGUCAUUUAAAACUGUGACCAAGUCGCGCAGAGUCGAUAAUGAUGACACGAACAUCUUGGAGGGCGAACCUAAUUGGGAGCUGACAUCGAAGCGUCACAAUCGCUUUUAUUUACCAAAUGCCAUUGGACCCGCCUGGCAGGGCGACACAUCGACCGUCGGUUUGAUGGAGCCACUAGCCCAACUAGUCAAUUUUUUCAAGGACGACAAUGUGGAUCGAUCACGCCUAGAGUUUUCGUGCUGUCAGUGUCCAACAUUGAUACGCGACUCAAUCUUUGAGCUGUUUCCAGUGCGUGCAAUUGGACAGCGCGAUUAUGCCAUCACACUGCUCACACUCAGCUACGAGGGCGACAUUGAACAAGGCGCAGCCAAGUUUGUGCUGGCCGCUAGAGAAAUAAGUGAUCGCUUAAUGUCAUUGGGCUACUGGUCGGACUUUUUGAAUCCGUUCAGCGGACGACCAUAUUUUCUGCCACGAGAUGCCUCCAUAUUGUACAAACAAGACUCACGCUUUCGUGGCGUCAAUAUGCGAUUAUCUAAUUAUAAUGACUGCGUCCUUAUUGCGCCCGAGGAGAAUGACAAGACAUGUUUCUCGGGCACCAUCUUUUGCACAGCGCCCAACAAUUAUCCCAUGCUGGUGGAGCUGCUAGCGCCCACAGAGUUUCAAAUGCGCGUGGCACCCGAUCCCGAAUGACACAACACUGCAACAAGCAAGGCGACUACAUAGUUUUUAGUAGUAUAAUUUCAAAUUCAACACACCUAGUGAGAAUUAUCAUCAAUCAACAGCAGCAUGAGCAGCAAGAGACGAUAAACUAAUUGAAAGACGAAGACGUUGACGUAGCCGUAGCCGUUUAGUGAUUGACAACUGUGUUAAUUGUCAAGUUAUUUGUUUUCUUUUGGACUGUGUACACACAACAUUAAAAUUGAGACAUUUUGCGUACGCAUAAUA